CCUGAUGCAAGCCGAACUGACCUUGCCCGACAGUUAUCAUCAUUACAUAGUCCACACGUGCGAGAGGAAGGGUACCCUUGAAGAUCGUUCAGCUGUAGUUGGAAAAUUUCAUUCAAAAUGCCUGGAAUUUCUAAGAAUAUCGUCAUAUUCUCUGGUGCCUUCAGGAGAGGCUUCCUCCUUCAAAAACGGUUCAAAUCUGACAAAGUAAAAGGUCAUGUCAUCGGCAUUGACUUGGGUACAACCAACAGCUGUGUUGCUGUUAUGGAAGGCAAACAGGCUAAAGUCUUGGAAAAUUCUGAAGGAUCACGGACCACACCUUCUGUAGUUGCUUUCUCUAAGGAUGGAGAACGUUUGGCUGGUAUGCCUGCCAAAAGACAGGCUGUUACAAAUGCAGAGAAUACUCUGCAUGCCACUAAACGUUUGAUCGGCCGACGCUUUGAAGACGCAGAGGUCCAAAAAGAUUUAAAAACAGUGCCCUACAAGAUUGUGAAGUCCUCAAAUGGAGAUGCAUGGGUUGAGGCACAAGGAAAAAUGUAUUCUCCAAGUCAAAUCGGGGCUUUUGUGUUGACUAAAAUGAAGGAGACAGCAGAAAGUUACUUGGGGACCAAAGUGAAGAAUGCUGUUGUGACUGUGCCUGCUUAUUUCAAUGAUUCUCAAAGACAGGCUACAAAAGAUGCUGGUCAAAUUUCUGGGCUAAAUGUCCUGCGUGUUAUCAACGAGCCAACUGCAGCAGCUUUGGCUUAUGGAAUGGACAAGACUGAAGACAAAGUAAUUGCUGUGUACGAUUUGGGUGGAGGAACCUUUGAUAUCUCCAUUCUGGAAAUCCAAAAAGGUGUUUUUGAAGUGAAGUCAACUAAUGGUGACACAUUCCUUGGUGGAGAAGACUUUGACAAUACCCUUGUCAAUUUCUUGAGUGCAGAAUUCAGGAAAGAUCAAGGAAUUGACAUUACCAAGGACUCGAUGGCAAUGCAGAGGUUAAGGGAAGCUGCGGAAAAAGCAAAGAUUGAACUUUCGUCCUCAAUGCAGACUGACAUCAACCUCCCCUACCUCACAAUGGAUGCAUCUGGUCCUAAACACAUGAACCUCAAACUGUCCAGAUCUAAGUUCGAGUCUAUAGUUGAUACUUUGAUCAAGCGCACUGUGGGACCAUGUCAGAAAGCUCUACAGGAUGCUGAGGUCAAGAAAACUGAAAUUGGUGAAGUCAUCCUUGUUGGUGGCAUGACACGUAUGCCUAAGGUUCAGUCUACAGUCCAAGAUCUGUUUGGUCGUCAGCCUAGCAAGUCUGUAAAUCCUGAUGAAGCAGUUGCAAUUGGAGCAGCCAUUCAGGGUGGUGUGUUGGCUGGAGAUGUCACAGAUGUCCUGUUGUUGGAUGUCACGCCCUUGUCUCUUGGAAUUGAGACUUUGGGAGGAGUGUUUACCAAGCUCAUCAACCGAAACACCACCAUCCCCACAAAGAAAAGUCAGGUUUUCUCUACAGCUGCAGAUGGCCAGACUCAAGUUGAAAUCAAAGUUCACCAGGGUGAGAGAGAAAUGGCCAUGGACAAUAAACUUUUGGGCCAGUUUACUUUGGUUGGAAUCCCUCCAGCACCCCGUGGAGUUCCACAGAUUGAGGUCACUUUUGACAUUGAUGCCAACGGUAUUGUUAAUGUGUCGGCAAGAGACAAGGGCACAGGAAAGGAACAACAAAUCGUCAUUCAGUCCUCUGGUGGCCUCUCUAAAGAUGAGAUUGAAAACAUGGUGAAAAAUGCAGAGAUCCAUGCUGAGGAAGACAAGAAGAAGAAAGAACUGAUUGAAGUGCUGAACCAGGCAGAUAGUAUUAUUCAUGAUACAGAGGCUAAGAUGGAAGAAUUCAAAGAACAGCUUCCACAAGACGAGUGUGACAAGCUGAAGGAGAAAAUUGCUACCGUGAAAGACAUCAUUGCCAACAAAGAUAGCAAAACUCCAGAGGAAAUCAAGCAAGAAACCUCAGACCUCCAACAGGCUUCACUCAAAUUGUUUGAAAUGGCUUACAAGAAGAUGGCUGCUGACCGUGAAGGCAGCUCUGGUGGUAGCAGUGAGAGCUCUGGAAGCUCGGAAUCUACUGGUGACGAGAAGAAGGAAGACAAGAACUGAUUAUUUUAUGUUUCCAUGGCGGUUUGAUGGAAAGAGUUACGGCAAAAGAGAAAAGUCAUUCAGCAUCACUCAUAAAGGCUAUGUAGUGCGUCAACAAUGUAGCCUUGAGAGAUGUGUGGGUUGAAAGUUGAAACUGAAACUUCAAUUCGAACUUUUUAUCAAAAGGGUUUGAUGGUGUAUCACUCCUGAUGGUUGUAUUGAUGAAUAGAUUCAGGGGUUUUUUUUGGAGGGGAGGGUUAUAAAUAUAGCAACAUUCUCUUAUUGUGAUCUGGCAGGAACAUAUUUAUUGAUGCUGUACAUCUCACAUGAGUAGUGGGGAUCAUUCUACUAUGUAUAACUUGCCAUCAAUAUGUUUACCCUGUAGUUCAUUUUACUUGCUUUAUGAGGCAUUUGUAUUUACUGCCUUAGAUUUGUUGAGAGACCCUGCAGCAAAUGUCCUGCAUUUGGAUUUUGCCUAAAGUGUGGCAGCUCUGUACACUUCAAAUAAAGUAAACAACUGGUUAUGUUUAAUGGAAAGUACCAGACACAGAAGGAAGAGAAAUUUAAAUUCCUAGAUACUGACUCACAGGGUGACCCCCGGCAAAUAAAUUAUAAAAUUGCAGAGGUCGACCUCUGGCAAAUAAAUAAUUGGUGCAAGUCUAUAUGCAAUAUAGAUUUAUUUGGUGGCUUUUUAUCGAAGCACUUUUCCAGCAUGCUUUCAAUUAUUGUCACCCCGGCUAAACGUUUCCCUGCUGCUGGUUAAAUGGGUAUCUUCCCGCCCAUACAGGGAGUGAGUACCAGCAGAUAAGUGGUGAAGAAAAAUACUGUCGUGCCGGGGCAGAUGCAUGCAGGGAAUAUUUUGUGAUGUUAGGUUGCGGAAUAUUUGAUUGGUGGAUCUGAUAAAAUGUUCCUGGCUCCUUUUUUUUCUUUUUCUCUCUGAUUUCAUCAGAGCUCAUUUCCUAUUCUAUUGAUGCCAUUUGCUAGGGGUUCAAAUUUCAUUUCAUUACAUAAAAGAUUUGUGUUUAAUGCUUUAAUGAAUUUGGAUCUUUGUAAUAAGUUUCAGCAUUAUGCUAACGUUAGAUAUAUAUCAUUUUCCUCUGCUCCUAAAGAGACAAGAUGUGAGCUUUCAGAUUCUCAUACGGAAGUCACCGCCUAAAGUUCUGAAAAAAUUAACACUCGGUUCUGGCCAAUAUCAUUUAGUUUCUGAUUGUUGUUUCUGGGUCAAUAUAUCCACAAUAACUCAUUAUUUUCUGCUGUUAAUUUACUAUCACAAAUGGUAGUGACUUUUAAGAUGGUUCUGAUACCCUGUACUGUAUGUAGUGUCUUACAUUUUUAAUCCAAGAAUGAUGUUGCUGAGGGAAUGGAAAAUGUUCUUUGGUCACCCAAGCCAGUAUGAGUUGUGAGGAUGGAAAUAAAUGAAAGAAGAUUGUUUGAGUUUGGAUGAAAAUGUGAGGUAGUUGCAGCAGAAUGUAAGAUUAAUCAUGGUUAUUUAAGAAAUGGACGUUUUCUAUUACAUUUGAUAUUUUGUUCUGUCAUGCACCUUUCCUAUCAUAUUUAAUGUUUCCAUUUGAAAUCAUCUGAUCAGUCUAUAUUUUUGGGGGCACCAAAUACAGGUUCCAUUGUUGGUUUCGCUAUGGUUCUCACUUGAAGAUAUGGAAGAGCCACUUGUGUGUCAAGAUGUAUUUGGACUGUGAAGUUCCCAGUGUUCUUCAAUUUAUGGUUGUUUGUAGCCAGAGUUUCUCUUUGUCAUGCUAUAGGUUUGCCAUUAGUAAAGAUGUCUGUUUAGUAGUGUGCUGUCUUGUCUAACCUGUUGAUUUUCAUUGUAAUAUUCCCAGUUUUAGUGGUCUGUUUUCGGUACAGGUUUGUAUCUUGAGUUUUUGUAAGUAUGUGAUACUAUGCUGCAUUUCAAAGAAAAUAAAGAACCAACAUUACAAUGAA